AUGGAAGCUACAGAAAUGGUUCAGUAUCUAAAUGGUCUUGAUACACCGAUCAGAUUCACAUCAAAUAUUAGUGCUUCUUCAGUACAAUAUUUAGAUUUAGAAAUAUUGAUCAAAAACCAUGAAAUCACACACUGUCUGUACAAAAAGGAUACAGAUCGCAAUACGUUGCUACACAAUAACAGUGCACAUCCAAGGAUGUUAAAGAAAUCAUUACCUAAAGCACAAUUCCUUAGGGUAGCACGUAACAACUCUGAUGAAUCAAAGAUGGAAGAACAGAUUGAGGAAAUGACGGAAAAGUUUCUGGAGAGGGGCUACAGACGCCAGGACCCGUUGAAAGCGCAACAAGAUGCAAAAAUUGCUAGCUCCAACACAGUGGCUAGAAAAGCUCCUGAAUUAGUCUUUCCGAUGUCUUACAACGACGCUUCACCUAAGGUUGCUAGAGUAAUCAAACAGAACGACACCUUGCCAAAAGUUUAA